AUGCCCGCUGUCGAGCCAGACAAUCCGGUACCUGAUGACCCCGAGCCCACUGUCGUGCCUGGUGAUUCGGUGCCCGCAGUCUUGCCAGAUGACUCGUGCCCGCUGUUCUGCCAGUUGACUCGAUGUCCGCUGUUCCGCAGACAACUCGGUGCCCGCAGUCUUGCCAGACGACUCGGUGCCCGCAGUCUUGCCAGACGACUCGGUGCCCGCAGUCUUGCCAGACGACUCGGUGCCCGCAGUCUUGCCAGACGACUCGAUGCCCGCUGUUCCGCCAGUUGACUCGAUGCCCGCUGUUCCGCCAGUUGACUCGGUGCCCGCAGUCUUGCCAGACGACUCGGUGCCCGCAGUCUUGCCAGACGA